AUGGAUGCCAGUUGUGGUCCAUCAAAUGCGCUCCAGCAGCUUUCCAAGCACUCCCAGCGGGACAACAGUCUUCAGCAUGAACACAUGAGACACCCAGGUGGCCCUGGAGGCAACCAAGCUUUCCGAGGGACUCAAUAUGAUGCUAAUUUGAAUCGUGAAUUUCACCAAUUUUCCGAUCCUAGUUCCGGGGCAGCUUUCGAGGGUCCAAAGCAUCGAUUUCAGGCCCCGGCUCGUCAGACACCAAGCUGGGUUCUGGAUUUUUCAAAUAUGUCGUUGGAGAGAAAAGAAUGGGCGAGUCAGUUCAGACCGAGCCAGAAUCAGAAUCAAAACCAGUAUCAGAACCAGAACCAAAUUCAGCAGCCGAUUCAAAAUCAGAUCCAAAAUCAGAACCAGAACCAGUUUCAGAACCAAUUCCAAUUCCAGAAUCAGUUUCAGUUUCAAAACCAAUACUUGAACCAGUCUCAGAAUCACCCUCAGAACCAAUACUUGAACCAACCUUUCAGACUCAACAUGCGCACAGAUUUGUCCACUCCCUUGCAAGGACCCAUCACGGAACACCAGGAAAUACACAGAGACGAUCAUCGGCAGUUGGCAUUUGACGAGCAGUUUGACCGUUUGGAGCAAGAAUUGGCUCAAGCUGAAACUCAUAAUGAAAUGGACAAAGAAGAAUUUGCGCGUACAGCCGGAAGGGUCAAGGAAACCAUGCUUGUAGAUAACCCAGAGAGGAGUGAAGAAACCACACAAAAGUUUCAACAAUCAAAUUUUCUCAAACUCAUGACUUCAAUUCAUGAUCGCAGCGUUGAGAUAUCGGACGAAGGAGACAAAUUAGUUGAUAGAAGUGGUCAAGAUAUCCGUGAAAAACCAGAGACUGAAUCCACAGGAACUACAGAAACUACAGAUUCUACAAGAGAAACCAAUUUGCAAGGCCCAGAUUAUCAUGCUGCGAUGCACGAUACACAAGAUUCGUUUUCUCUCCAACAUUCACAAUUGAAUUCGCAACUAAAUUCGCAACUAAAUUCACAAUCAAAUUCAGAAUUGCAACCAAAUUCACAAUUACAAUCGAACCCAAUUUCACAGGAAUCUGUCCAGCCCCAGAACAGACUUCCCGACCCUCUUGCGCACAUAAAAGAUGGAGCUUUGCCUGAGUUUCUCGAUCCUCUACAAGCAGCCAAAAUCGUCAGUGGAAAUCAAGUCAAAACUGGUGACUGGAUGCCGACCGACGACGACUGGUUGGAUAUGACUACAAAGCAAAAUAGUAUCGUUAGCCAAGAAUGGCAAGAGAUGUAUGAUGAUUACAGACACGACGACGACGCUCACUAA